CCUCCUCUCCUCCUCUCCUCCUCUUCUCUGCAUCUUCUUCUACCUGCAUCGCAUUCAUCUUCACCAUGGAGGACUCCCUCCUCGCGACCGUCGCGCCCGUAUCCUCGCCGACCCUGCCCUUCUCCCGCGCCCGCUCGCCCUCAUCCGACCCCGACAUUCGCAAGCCCCGGACUUUUCCCUACACAUCUCUUCUCCCCUUCCCUGUCGAGUCUGAUGACGUCCCUCUCCAGCAUCUCAACCAUAUCGUCGAGUCCAUCUACGUCUCCAUGACCGUCGAGACCGCCGCCGUCGCGCCUCUCGUCCACUGGACCCGCGAGCUGCGCUCCUGGCUCCAGCUCAAGUUCGACAUGCCGAUCUCGACCCGCACCCGUCUGGCCGCCGUAUACUACGAGCUAGCUCUCGUCCAGGGUGUAGCUCUCAGCUCGUCCGAUACCUUCUCCCGCAUGUUCAUCACCCUCGCCCAAAAGCGCUCGUUCGUCGACCGCUCCAAGCUCACUCUCGACUGGCGCCCACUCUUCCGCGAGAUGAAAGCCAUUGCCUUCCCAGAUCUGCUCGUCGGCUCAAUAAGAGAUUCCGAGAAAGAUAUGGCGAUGCUGUCGAAAGUGGCGAUCUUUGCCCGCAGGUUCUUCGCCCCUGAUGCUACUCUUGAGAUCUUGGACGAGUUGCUUCCGCUCUUCAACACCUCCGAUCCCAGCGCGGCUCUGCAAGUUGCAACCAUCUUUGACGCAUUGAUCCCCACCGAGUUCACUCCCGAGGAUCGUCCAGAUCUAUAUCCUCAGCAAUGGCUACCUGUGCUCUUUCAUCUCUGGACCCUCAAUCCUCGCUCGCAAUCAUACGAUCUCAUCAUUAUCGAUAUAUUGUCGCGCGUUGCAUCCGGUCAUCUAAUCGAGGCGCAUAUCCCCUUCUCAGCAAUCGGAAUCUACACCAAAGAGCAGACGGCCGUCAUGCUUACCUGUGCCUUGCGUCUAUUCGAGAUCCCUAUCGGACGCGCGGGCUCACCAUACGUCAACACCGAAGGCUACCCUCAGGGAUAUGAAGCUAAGAAAAGUCGCGCUGCGCGACCUCUGGCCCGGUGGAUCAUAUACUCCUUGUCACCAUAUUGUCUCGGAGAGCUGCCAGACCGAAGCGACUGCAGCUCCGCCCUUCGCGGCUUACAGGGUCUCAUCCAGUCAGUCGAGACUUUCUUCCAUCCAUCCAACUCUGGCGUGUGGACGAAGCAUUUAGCUCAGUUUGUCCAGAGUCUUACAGAUUUCUUUGUGCUUCGCUGGCAUAGAGAACAGUCUGGAGAGCUGAGCACCCCCGAGGAUCGCCGACUGAGUCCCGAGCUAAAGCGUGAGUUUGUAUUGACAUUAAAAGAUGUCGUGCUUAUGGGAAUCUAUGCAAAGAGUGCAACUGCCGCGAUGUACUGUCAAGCAGCGCUACAGAACCUUGCUGUCUUGGAGCCGGAUAUCAUUCUACCGGUCGUCCUAGCCCAGAGCUACGCCUCAUUACAAGGACUCGUCGAGACGCACCGGACAAUCACAUCUCUAAAGACACUCACUCUACUUUCGCAAACAAUAAUCCAGAACAAGCCUUUCCGCACGCAUGUGACUGCCCUUCUUGGAUUGGCAUUACCUGGAAUCGACGCCAAUGACCUCACGAAAACAGUUCAGUCGUUAGCAUUUAUUCAGAGCGUUGCAUCUUAUGUCCCGUUUGCCGAUCUCAGUGAAGGAUGUGGGUCUGCACUUGCUAUGGAGUACAUCACAGGUGCGAUAGAGUCUUUAGAAAACGACAGCAGCACCUUACCUCCACUAGGUGAUGAAGACGAGAUCGCCGUCCUCAAAUCGUCAACAGCCACUUUCGGCGAGUUCAUGCUGUCAUUCAUGGGACGGAUCUUUUCUCUGUUGGAGAACCUGCCAGAUGCUUCCUCGAGCAACUCACGCGCUGCACCAGAACAGAAUGCCGUCAACAUGCUUCCGGCGACAUUCACGGUUGUCCUAGGCGCGCUGUCAGACGAACUGUUUGAUUUGAUUCUAGACAAGUUCAUCACAUUUGUGACAAAUCAUAUCAUUCCGCAGGCUGCUGAUGCCAUCAGCAAUCUUCUAUCAUGCCUGUGUAAGACGCACCCGGAGAGAACCUUCCACAAACUGUUUCCAGUUCUGGUCGGCAACAUCCGAGAGGAGAUUGACGAGAACCAGGCGGGGCAGAGUAAAUCUCAGGAUGUGGCGCCAAAAGACCGGUCUUUGGUAUGGUAUCUGUCCAUGUUCCGCAAGGCCGUGUGGACCGCUGGAGACGUAUUGCUCAACUACUCCGAUGAGCUUCUAGACUUGCUGGUGUAUCUGCGUGAAAGGACUUAUGGUGCUGCAAGCGUGCACUCAUCAUUUCUUGUGCAUCACACAAUCUAUGCGUUGACAAAUGUCUAUCAUUCUGAUAGCAGGCUUCUUAAUGAAGAGGAAUAUUCCGCAAAAGGAGGAUUCACCGUUGAAGAUUGGGGAAAGCAAACUGACCCGUCGACCGGUCUGAAACUAAAGUGGCAUGUUCCGACCGAUGACCAAGUCACUUUGGCUGUCAGGGUAUAUGAGGACGGCGCAGAGUAUUCAAUGUCUGAAAUUCGCCGGUUGAUGGAAGGAGGACCCAAGCUGCAGCAAGACUGGUCGGAAGAAAUCGCAAAGCAACUGGGUUACUUGCGGAUGAUUAUCUCCGGAGCGUCGGUGCUGUACGAUCCUGCGCAGGUUUCGGCGAGUGGUGCGUCUGCCGAGGUGUCUAUCGAAGAGGACGAUAAUAGCGGAGACGUCGAAAUGACCGAUUCUGGCGAAUACAUCUCGGAGGAAGACGACCUGGAGUUGGGCGCAGAAGCAGAGAUGGAGGAAGAGGAAGAUGAAGAUGAUGAGGAAGCUCUGUCGAUCAAGAAACUCUUUACGUAUCCGAUUGGAUACUUUUUCGAAGAUAAGAAAGACGAUCCUAGGUACAUAAAGGUUCAUGAGAUCCACGAGAAGCUGGGUUGGUUGAUUCAUGACUUGCAUACCUAUCUGCAGAAGAACAAAGAGGACGAAGUGACUGCAAUUCGGAAUCUUGCGACAGUCACGAGAGUCUGGUUUAUUGACAUUGGCUGCGAACACAGUCUGAAACUUCUGGAUACGUAUGUUCGGUCGUACAUUGUCGAUACGCGCAACUACAAAAUCUCGGGCAGAAGGAAGCAGUAUCCCCGCUACUUGCUAGCGCGUCGGGCUCACAUUUACCAUCUUCAGCGGGUGAAGCACAAUAGCGGACCUCGCAAGACUUCGCAGCUGGACAAGGUGCUUCUCCUCGACCUUGUUCAAAGUUCGCUGUCGCGCUACACGAAGAACCGACGACAGUCUCAGCAGGCACUGCAAGCUGCUAUCCGUACCGUUAUGAAAUCAAGAAUCCUGCUUGCCCCCAAACUUAUCGAGGAGCUCAACAACGCCGUCGCGGCAAAAGAAUACGAUUGUGCUAAAGGUGCGAUGCACACGCUGUACCUGGACGGCAUCCGUCGCUUUGUUUCGCGCGAUCCGCGGGUUUUCCCAGACUACGGAAUAGCGUUGCUGGCGGCCGCGAAAGCAGACAAGCUGUCGAUCCAUGACUUAGCCCGGAACUUGAUUCUCCAGUUUGCGCUGACGACAAGGAUGACCCCGAAAAAGCUAUACUACUCUGAUGAUUACGAGAAAUUCGUCAGUCAGAUCAAGCCAGAGCGUGAUCUUUCGGCGCGUCUUGGGUUUGCAAAUACUCGCAAUCUCAAGCGGGCGGAGGAUACUCGGGCGAAGAUUGACGUGCUCGAAGCAGAGCUUAUGAAGUUGCAGAAAGCGGAGACGCACUGGCGGAUCACGUUUAUGAUUUCGACUAUGCUUACCGGUGGUCUUUCGCUUUUGCGAGAAAAUGAGCCUGCUGAGUUGGGAGUCAUUUUCUUCAAGGGAGCGAUUGAUAAUCAUCCUUAUAUUCGGUUUUCGUUUGUGCAGGGCGCUCUUAAGUUGUUCACGUCGGUGAUUGGGAAAGCGUUGGUUGGCUAUGAUGUGCGGAAGCUCUUGCAGGGUGAUUUCAAGGAUGUUGGAGUGAUUACCGUGCCUGUUGAUCAGGAUGACCCGGAUUUCUCGGCCAAAUUUAUCGAACAGUUCAAGAGUCCUGAAGCGGAUUACUUUGUGCGAGAUUUGGAUAGACCGGGGUGGCUUGUGUGGGGCAAGUCGUUUACUGCAGAGGCGAAUCCCAAACCUGGGCUUGAUCUUCAAUUCAAAGAUAGCGAUCGCGAGACGAUGAGGGCGAUCGGCGAGACUGUGGAUCGAGCGUGGUUUGAGAAGUUUUGUGAGAUUCUCUUGGAAGAGCCAUCGCGAACAGAGCAUGAUGUGUUUAGAAGCAUCUACGCGAUGUUUGCGGCGAUAGUGUACGCGAUCGUGCACGAAGGGUUUGCAAAGCUCACGUUUGAAGAUAUGGUUGAGAUCAUCCACAAUCUCUACGGCGAUGGCAAGGACAAAAAUCAUCAUCGGGCGACGGCCGAACUUAUCGGUGGCUUGCUGUCUGAGCCUCUCAGUCGCGAGUUUCAGUUGAAGGCGAUCGAGGUUGCACUUCCUGUGCUAGACAAGGUUGUUGAGGACGGGCUUACUCCUGAAACGGUUGGGUACUGGACUGGUUGCAUAUCGUUUUUCUCUGCCUCUGUCGACCCGCGAGCUAUUUGGCCGAUUCUGACGAAACUGGCGAGUGUGAGAAUUGACGCGUCGUCAAAUGCAGCGUUCAAAGAAAGUUCUCGGAUAUCGCUUCUGCGGAGGCUGAUUGCAAAGGAGGCAUGGAGUUUCCAGAUUGAGGAGCCGAUUAUGAAGGAUUUUCUGGCUCAUUUAGAUCACGAUUAUAAAGGUGUUCGGGAGGAGAUAGGACGGACGUUGGGUACGAUCAGUCGAUCGCGGUAUUCAGAGUCAUUCAGAAGCGUGAAAAUACUUCUUGAAGAAAACCGAGCAGCAGGGCCACUGGGUGUGAUCCCGUUUGUUCCGGACGAGGCGCGUCGGGAGCUGAUUGAGGGUGUUUUCAAGCAGCUGGCUAUUUGGCGACAGGAGCGGGCGCCGCUGCAAGAGACGUCGUCGUACACUAAUGGUGGAAAGACGGUGAUGAUCUGGUUCAAUACGUGGCUGCAGUCAUGCUCGUGUCCAGAGCUUUUGCCAUUUUUUCCCAAACUGAUUUUGCCGGAGCUUUUGAACCUGCUGGAUAUCAAAGAAGACGCGGAGGUGAUUUCGCUCGCGGUGACGAUGUUUAAGAACUUUGGAAAUGUGCCGUGGCCUAGUAAUCUGAUCAAGGAUAUGAUUGACGGUAUAAUCGAGAUUGCGUCAAAGUCCAGCACCUGGCACCAGCGGCUACGCGUGCUUGCGCUCGCGCAGGUGUUUUAUUUCCGGCAACUUUUCAAGCUGUCGAAUCUUGAUCGCCGACGGCUGUUUGAUUGCGUUUCAGACCUGCUUUCUGAUCCGCAGCUGGAAGUCCGGGAUACGGCCGCGACGACGCUGUCGGGCAUGAUUCGGUGCUCGCCGGCGCGGUUCAGGGGGUUGGUGAUCACGAAGCUGCAGAAGAAGUUUACAAAGGCGUUGCAGGAUAAUCCGAUGCCCGGGCGUCCGGGGCGAGGUAGCGGGGACACAAGUCGGAGUGGAAGCGUGCAGCCUUUGAAGUCGUCGUCGGCGGGACCGGCGAGCGCGUUUAGUUCGCGGCCGUCGACGCCGAGCGUGGAGUACAACAAUAUCAUCCUGACGCGACAUGCUGCGGUGCUGGGUUUAUCGGCGCUGGUGCAGGCGUUUCCGUAUCAAUCCCCGCCGCCGGAGUGGAUGCCGUCUGUGCUGGCUACGUUGGCGAACAAGGCGGCGAACGAUCCAGGGAUGGUGGGACGGAGCGUGAAGACUGCGCUGGGAGAGUUUAAAAAGACGAGGCAGGAUACGUGGCAUGUUGACGUGAAGGUGUUUGAUAAGGAGCAGUUGGAGGAUCUGGAGGGUGUGUUGUGGCGGACGUACUUUGCGUAGAGAGGGAGGUAGUGUAUAUAGCUGUUAUCGAGAAUGCAUUUAUCAUUUAUCGC